CCUAUCGAUCCGUCCAAAGGUCUGGCUCUGCUCUGAGGGACACUGACCCGCUCCAGACCCGCUCCAGUCCUCCUCUAGUCUCCGCUCGUCUUUAUCUGGACUAAACACAUCUCUGACACUCGAUAUUCAAGCAUUCAGGAUGCGUGUGUGUGCGUCUCUCCUCUUCCUCGCCCUCCUCCCCCUCGUCUCUGUCUCUGUCCCUGACAUCUGCAGCUCCAAACCCAAAGACCUGCCCCUGGAGCCUCGCUGCGUCUACAGGACCCCAGACCAGGACGACGAGACCACAGCAGACACAGAUCCGGUCCCGGAGAACACAAACCCCAGAGUUUGGGAGCUUUCCCGGGCCAACGGGGCCUUCGCUCUGUCCCUGUACAAACAGCUGAGCUCCAGCCGCUCCGCCACAGAAAACAUCUUCAUGUCGCCCGUCAGCGUCUCCACGGCCUUCGCCAUGACCAAGCUGGGCGCCUGCAACCAGACCCUGCAGCAGAUCAUGAAGGUGUUUCAGUUCGACACCAUCAAAGAGAAGACCUCAGACCAGGUGCACUUCUUCUUCGCCAAACUCAACUGUCGUCUCUUCAGGAAGAAGGACCAGACCACAGAGCUGGUGUCCGCCAACAGGCUGUUCGGAGAGAAGAGCCUGGCCUUCAACGAGACCUACCAGAACAUCUCCGAGACCGUCUACGGAGCCAGACUCAUGCCACUCGACUUCAAGGAGAACCCAGAAGCUUCUCGUGUGACCAUAAACGAGUGGAUCUCCAAUAAAACGGAGAAUCGCAUUCGGCACACUUUGCCUCCGGGAGUUCUGGACUCCACCACCGUCCUGGUCCUGGUCAACACCAUCUACUUCAAGGGCCAGUGGAAGAACAUGUUCGACAAAGAUCAAGUGUUUGAGGGAGAAUUCCACGUGUCGCCGUCUCAGACCUGCUCCGUUCAGGUGAUGUACCAGGAGACCCAGUUCAAGUACAGAAACAUGCCCGAGCAGAAGCUGCAGAUCCUCGAGAUGCCCUACAAGGGGGACGAUAUCACCAUGGUGCUCAUCCUGCCGUACCGCGACACGCCUCUGUCCCAGAUCGAGGAGCGUCUGACCCUGAAGACGCUGACCUCGUGGAUGGACUCGAUGGUGGAGAAGACGGUGUCCGUGCACGUGCCCAAGUUCAAAGUGGAGGACCAGUUCAGCCUGAAGGACAAACUGGAGGCUAUGGGACUCAGCGACCUGUUCAGCGCCGAGCGGGCCAGCCUGCCAGGGAUGCUGGAGGACGGCAGUGACACUCUCUUCAUCUCAGAGGCCUAUCACAAAGCUUUCCUGGAGGUGAAUGAGGAGGGCAGUGAGGCGGCAGCGGCCACAGCGGUCGUGGCCAUCGGUCGCUCCAUCAAAUUUGACAGAGAGGUGUUCAUGGCGGACCGGCCCUUCCUGGUGCUCAUCCGAGAGGCCACCAUCAACGCCCUGCUCUUCACCGGCAGAGUGGCCCACCCCUGCACCCAGUGACCACAGCACACAGCACACUGCACACUAGAGCUCACACUGCACACUAGAGCUCACACUGCACACUAGAGCUAGAGGUCAAUCUGUCUAACAUUUCUACAAGUUUUCACUCAUUUCUAUUGGCGACAAGGUCCAUUCUCCCACUAACAACAUCUGCACAUUCAUAAAAGAAACAUUUGCCCCGCCCACUUCUACUACGGGGGGCGGGAGGGCAUCUGACACACAGAGAUAUUAUAAAACAACAUUCAUGUUUUUGAGUUUUCAGCUCAGUCUCUAAUGUUUAGAAGAGAAAAUGUGACUUGCCUGCUGUGUUAAUGGUAAUAAUGCCGUAAGAGGACCAUUAUUAUUGUUAUAACUGUUGAUAAAAAUAGAAAAUAAUUCACUGUGUCU